CGUGCUCGUUGUCGCCGGCGACGUCGUUGAGAAUGGCCGACGAUUUCUUCAAGCUCGUGUCGACCGCGAACCCGGCCGCGAGCCAGUACCAGCAAACAGUGAACCCAUCGUACCCACCGCGCGGCAACAGCUCUCGUUCGCAGGAUCUCAUGGAUCCGUUCUUCGACGACGACGACGAUGACACCCCCAUGCCAGACUCGGCGUUCGGACGGCCAGCACCCAUGCAGUCGCAGGAGAGCGGCUUACCGCUGGCCAGGUCAGCCGCUCCCCCGGCAGGCACCGGUCCGUCACAGACUUCGUUGGCGGGGACUGGUACCCCGCAAGGCUGGGCAUUCGACGACGACGACGAGUUCAACCAAGCGAGCAGGGGACAGGCACCAUUCGAGGGAUCGGGUACCUUCAAUGGCACCUCGCGUGGAGGUUCGCAGCCGAGCAAGAAGCCACCACGGAAGAAGUGGAAAUGGCCUUGGGAGAAGGAAGUACAACUUACUGGCGAGCGCGUCAUUGCACUCAACAACCCGGACGCGAACAACGAGUACUCGAGCAACUAUGUCUCCACCAGCAAAUACAAUCUCGUGUCAUUCCUUCCCAAAUUCCUGCUUGAGCAAUUCUCUAAAUAUGCCAACUUGUUUUUCCUCUUCACCGCAUGUAUACAACAAAUCCCCGGUGUCUCCCCCACGAACAAAUAUACCACCAUUGCACCCCUCUCCGUCGUCUUGCUGGCCUCCGCGUUCAAGGAAGUCCAGGAAGAUCUCAAACGUCACCAAUCCGACUCCGAGCUCAAUGCGCGCAAAGCGAAGGUUCUGUCAUCUCAAGAUACUUUCGUCGAGAAGAAAUGGAAGAACAUCCGUGUGGGCGAUGUCGUGCGACUCGAGAGCGACGACUUCAUACCGGCAGACAUGCUUCUCAUCAGCUCUAGCGAACCGGAAGGCUUGUGCUACAUCGAGACUUCCAAUUUGGACGGCGAGACCAAUCUUAAGAUUAAGCAAUCCUCCCCACAGACUUCGCCCUGGACUUCACCUCAACAUGUCACCUCGCUGCGUGGCUCUAUCCGCUCCGAGCACCCGAACAACUCCCUCUACACCUACGAAGGCACUAUCGACCUUAUGACGGCCGCGGGCACGCCCAAGCAGAUCCCUCUCGGUCCUGACCAGCUCCUUCUGCGAGGCGCGCAAAUCCGGAAUACGCCCUGGCUCUACGGCAUCGUCGUCUUCACCGGCCACGAAACGAAGCUCAUGCGGAACGCUACUGCUGCUCCGAUAAAGCGCACCGCUGUCGAGCGCCAAGUGAACGUCCAGAUCGUCUUCCUGUUCAUCCUGCUUCUGGCCCUUUCCGUCGGCUCGACCAUCGGCAGCAGCAUCAGGUCAUGGUUUUUCUCAAAUCAGCAAUGGUACCUCUUCGAGACAGUCAGCGCCGGUGGUCGGGUUAAGGGCUUCAUAGAAGACAUCCUCACCUUCAUCAUCCUAUACAAUAACCUCAUCCCGAUAUCGCUCAUCGUCACUAUGGAAGUUGUCAAGUUCCAGCAGGCGCAGCUCAUCAACUCCGACCUCGACAUGUACUAUGCCAAGACGGACACGCCCGCCGUCUGCCGUACCUCUUCCCUCGUCGAGGAGCUCGGUCAGAUCGAGUACGUCUUCAGCGACAAGACCGGCACGCUUACGCGGAACGAGAUGGAGUUCCGCAUGUGCAGUAUCGCGGGUACGGCGUACGCAGACGUGGUCGACGACACGAAGCGCGGGGAGGAUGGGAAGAGCGACGGCUGGCGGACGUUUGCGGAGAUGAAGGCGCUGCUGGAGACGAGCUCAAAUAACCCAUUCGCGGACCCUGGCUCGAGCGGUGGUGCAGGCGGCGAGAGGGAGAAGGAGGUCGUCCGGGAGUUUUUGUUGCUGCUUUCCGUGUGCCACACCGUCAUUCCGGAGAUGAAGGAUGGCAAGAUGGUCUACCAGGCGAGUAGUCCCGACGAGGCUGCAUUGGUCGCGGGCGCAGAGAUCCUUGGCUACCAGUUCCAUACGCGCAAGCCCAAGUCCGUCUUCGUCAACGUUAUGGGCCAAGACCAGGAAGUCGAGAUUCUGAACGUCUGCGAGUUCAACUCCACUCGCAAACGCAUGUCUACCGUCGUCCGCCUGCCCAACGGCAAGAUCAAGAUCUACACGAAGGGCGCAGACACCGUCAUCCUCGAGCGCCUUAGCAAGAAUCAGCCGUACACCGAGAAGACGCUCGCGCAUUUGGAGGACUACGCCACGGAGGGCCUGCGGACGCUGUGUCUAGCGUACCGCGACGUCUCGGAAGAGGAGUACCGACAGUGGUCGGCGAUCUAUGACCAGGCGGCAGCGACAAUUAACGGGCGUGGGGAUGCGCUGGACCAGGCGGCGGAGCUGAUUGAGAAGGACAUGUUCUUGCUUGGGGCGACUGCUAUUGAGGACAAGCUUCAGGAAGGUGUACCGGACACCAUCCAUACGUUGCAGAUGGCUGGGAUCAAGGUCUGGGUCUUGACAGGCGACAGGCAAGAGACCGCGAUCAACAUUGGCAUGUCGUGCCGCCUCAUCUCGGAAUCAAUGAACCUGGUCAUCAUCAACGAGGAAACGGCCGAAGCGACCAACGACUUCAUCACAAGACGGUUAACAGCGAUUAAGAACCAGCGCAAUGCCGGCGAGUUGGAAGACCUGGCGCUUGUCAUCGACGGCAAGAGCUUGACCUACGCCCUUGAAAAGGAAAUUUCGAAGCAGUUCCUCGAGCUCGCGAUUAUGUGCAAAGCUGUCGUUUGCUGUCGUGUAUCACCCUUGCAAAAGGCGCUUGUUGUAAAGCUAGUGAAGAAGAACCAAAAGGCGAUUUUGCUUGCCAUCGGCGACGGCGCAAACGAUGUCAGCAUGAUUCAGGCAGCACACGUCGGCGUUGGUAUCUCGGGUGUCGAGGGUCUCCAAGCCGCGCGAUCUGCAGAUGUGGCCAUCUCGCAGUUCCGAUACCUCAAGAAGUUGCUGCUCGUCCACGGUGCUUGGAGCUACCGACGACUGUCUAAGCUCAUCCUUUACUCCUUCUACAAGAACAUCGUGCUGUACAUGACGCAAUUCUGGUAUUCCUUCUUCAACAACUUCUCCGGUCAAAUCGCCUACGAGUCCUGGACGCUCUCACUGUACAACGUCGUCUUCACUGUCCUCCCGCCGCUCGUCAUCGGUAUCUUCGACCAGUUCGUCUCCGCGCGAUUCUUGGAUCGCUACCCGCAGUUGUAUCAGCUCGGGCAAAGGAACGAGUUCUUCACGAAGACGGCAUUCUGGUUGUGGGUUGGCAAUGCGCUUUAUCACAGUAUUCUCACAUAUGGGUUCUCGGUCAUCCUCUUCUGGGGCGAUCUGAAGCAGUCGGACGGCCUCGACUCGGGACAUUGGUUUUGGGGAACGACGCUCUACCUCGCCGUCCUUCUCACCGUGCUCGGCAAAGCCGCACUCAUCUCCGACAUCUGGACAAAGUACACCGUCGCUGCCAUCCCCGGCUCUUUCCUCUUCACCAUGGCGUUCUUGCCGAUAUACGCCGUCGUCGCGCCCGCCAUCGGCUUCUCGACCGAGUACCUCAACAUCGUACCGCGGUUGUGGUCCAAUGCGGUGUUCUACUUUGUGCUGCUGCACAUUCCGAUCUUUUGCCUCGUGCGCGACUUUGCGUGGAAAUACUAUCGGAGAACAUAUUUGCCCUCGUCGUACCACAUCGUACAGGAGCUCCAGAAGUAUAACAUCCCGGAUUACCGGCCACGGCAGGAGCAAUUCCAGAAAGCGAUCAAGAAGGUGCGCGCCACGCAGCGCAUGCGGCGCAAUCGCGGGUUCGCGUUCAGCCAGACGGAGAACGGGCGGCAGGACCAGAUGCGCCUCAUUCGCGCGUACGAUACGUCGAAGUCGCACACGCGGCCGUCGGGGUAUUGAGCCGGGGGAAACAUGUCGAUGGUGUACGCUGCAGGGAGUGGGAGUUCGCUGGAGGGCGCUCGCGUACACUGGGGACAUGAUGUGCAUGAGCCGGCAUUUUGGACUGGCUACAAGUGGGAUGGGACACUGUAUUACUUAUCAGCUUGCGCAGAUUUACUGUACAUUCGGACGGGGUCCAUGGAUCUACGUAAUUCAGACGAAUAUACCAGAAGAUAGAUCGUAUCGGGGCAGUGAUUAGAGCGUGAACGUGAGCGCA